AGUGUAUCAAAAAAAAAAUCCUUUAAGAAGAACAAACAAGCACAGGAACUUUUUUUUUUUUUUUUUUUUUUUUUUAACUAUUUGACAGCGUUUUAAAAAUGAUCGCCACUGCAAAGAGUUUACAAGCUCCCUCCGCAAACAUAGUUGGAGGCGAUCGGAACUGAUUUCUCAGCCUAGGAAAUUCUUAAUGAGAGCUGCUGCUGCUGCGGGGACGCGCAGGGGUCCCGUAACAGCCGCUCCUCCCCAAGGGCUCUCCGACAUCCCACGCUGGGCUGCGCGCUCGCCUUUUAUUCCGAGGGCGAGAGACCCCCCCGUGGGCAGAUAGCAGCUCGGGAGGGAGGAGCGGAGCUCUCCACAUGUCUGCCUUCCCUUAUCAACUUAUCAUAUAAGGAAAGGAGAGUGAUUGAUUCGUUUGCCAAGCGGUAAAAUCAGGACGAAGCCGAGCAGAAGGAAGCGUUGAGGCUUUUUGGGGGGAAAGGAAGGCAGAGCCUGCAGCCACGGUGGGACUGUUCUUCCUUUGUGCAUCUGACAGCUGAGGGCACGACUGGGGGGAGGACGGCGUGGGACUGGGACGGCCAGAAAGUCCAGCCCUCGUUCAGACGACACAUGGCAGCAGAGCACUGAAUUUCUGUACAGGUUAACCUCAAUCUGGGCUCCUGUCAGCACACCAAGGCGCUCCGGAUCUGCUGACUGGCCGAAGGAAUUAAAAUGCAGCUGACUGUUUACUUCACUUGGAGCUGCAGCAUUUUCCUGGCUUCGGGAUACAACUCCUUCAGUAAAAGCAUGGAGACUAUCGGCAAGAAGCAGUACCAGGUUCAGCACGGGUCGUGCAGCUACACCUUCCUCUUGCCCGAGACAGACAACUGCCGAUCUUCCAGCUCUUACGUCUCCAACGCCGUGCAGAGGGACGCACCUCUAGACUAUGAUGAUUCAGUUCAAAGACUGCAACUACUUGAAAACAUCAUGGAAAACAACACCCAGUGGCUAAUGAAGCUUGAGAAUUACAUCCAAGACAGUAUGAAGAAAGAAAUGGUAGAGAUCCAGCAAACUGCAGUGCAGAACCAGACUGCAGUAAUGAUUGAAAUAGGCACAAACUUACUAAAUCAAACAGCUGAACAGACCCGCAAAUUAACAGAUGUUGAAGCACAAGUAUUAAACCAGACAACCAGACUUGAACUUCAGCUUUUGGAACACUCUCUUUCAACAAAUAAAUUAGAAAGACAGAUUUCAGAUCAGACCAAUGAGAUAACUAAAUUACAAGAAAAAAACAGCUUUCUAGAAAAAAGAGUUCUUGAGAUGGAAGACAAGCACACACUUCAGCUGAAGUCAAUAAAAGAUGAAAAAGAUCAGCUUCAGGUCUUAGUAGCCAGACAGAAUUCCAUUAUAGAAGAACUAGAAAAGCAGUUAGUUACAGCCACGGUAAACAACUCUGUUCUGCAAAAACAGCAACAUGAUUUGAUGGAGACUGUUCAUAACUUGCUUACUAUGAUAUCGACACCAAACUCAGCUAAGAACAACUUCAUAGCUAAAGAGGAGCAAAUCAGCUUCAAAGACUGUGCUGAAGCUUUCAAAUCUGGACUCACAACAAGUGGAAUCUACACCUUAACAGUUCCUAACACUGCACAGGAAAAGAAGGCCUACUGUGACAUGGAAACUAAUGGAGGAGGUUGGACAAUUAUGCAAAGACGUGAAGAUGGCAGCGUGGAUUUUCACCGGACAUGGAAAGACUACAAGAUGGGAUUUGGUGAUCCUGCUGGAGAGUACUGGCUAGGAAAUGAGUUUGUUUCUCAACUGACUAAUCAGAAGCGUUACGUUCUUAAAAUACUCCUGAAAGACUGGGAAGGAAAUGAAGCAUAUUCUUUGUAUGACCAAUUCUAUCUAGCAAAUGAAGAACAAAAAUACAGGAUCCACCUUAAAGGACUUACGGGGACAGCAGGCAAAAUAAGCAGUAUAAGCCAACCAGGAAAUGAUUUUAGCACAAAGGAUGCAGACAAUGACAAAUGUAUUUGCAAAUGUUCACAAAUGCUAACAGGAGGGUGGUGGUUUGAUGCAUGUGGUCCUUCUAACCUCAAUGGAAUGUAUUACCCAUUACGACAGAACAACAACAAGUUCAACGGUAUUAAGUGGUACUACUGGAAAGGCUCAGGAUACUCUCUCAAAGCCACGACUAUGAUGAUUCGACCAGCAGAUUUUUAAAUGCUUUUGCAUUCUUAUGUGAAUUAUGUAUUGUAUAGUCUUCAAAGACUUCAUUUGCCAAGCAUAUAAACACAUCUGCAACUUGUCUCAUUUUCAAGCCCAGAAAACAUGCGCUAAUGUUCUGAAGGGAUCAGUUCAUUCCAAUCCUUGAAUUGCAAUAGCCUUGAUCCGCUAAAGCUCAUAUUAUUCAACUAGACACAAAGUCUAAAGCAUCAACAUGAUAUAACAGUUAUUUGGCCAAAUGACCGAAUAAAAAGAAUAUCCAAGAAACUGUCAGACAACUGAAGGACUGUCUUUUACCAAUCAUUUAUGUUAUGUAUGUGUUAGUAAAUAACUGGAACUGUGAAAAAUAUCUAAAAUAGUUUUAGCAAUAUGUAUUUUGCCUCAUCACUGAACUUCAAACAUUACCCUAAUAUAAAACACUUAACUAGG